AUGGCAUUAUCACAAGCUUUUCUAAUUGCUUUCUUCAUCUCUGGCUCUGCUAUUGUAUUUGAUAAGAUUAAUGUAUUCGAUGCCAAUAUUGUCCAGAGCAUGUACAUCAACUGGAGAAAUAAUGAGGCAGCUAUUGUGGGCAGCGAUGAUCUUCAACUCGCAUUGGAUCAAACCUCAGGCUCUGGUGCAGUGUCGAAGAGAACAUUCUUAUUUGGAAGCUUUGAAAUGCUCAUUAAAUUGGUACCUGGGAACUUAGCAGGAACAAUAACAGCCUACUAUCUAUCAUCGGAUGGGAGCAAGUGCGACGAGAUAGACUUUGAGUUCCUAGGCAACGUUUCAAGACAACCUUAUGUUGUCCACACAGAUAUCUACACACAAGGAAAUGAUAGUAGGGAGCAGCAAUUCUAUGUCUGGUUUGACCCUACUGCUGAUUACCAUAACUAUACCAUUUUUUGGAACCUCAUCGAAAUUGUGUGGUACAUUGAUAGUGCUCCAAUUCGUGUUUUCCGGAACUACCAGAACAAGGGGAUAGCUUAUCCCAAUGAGCAAGGAAUGAGAGUUUAUGCCAGCAUAUGGGACGGUGACAACCGGGCAACUGAAGGUGGGAGAAUCAAGAUCUAUUGGGCCAAUGCACCUUUCAUAGCUAAGUUCGCACAAUUUAGGCCAAGGGCUUGCUCUUGGAAUGGAACUGUUAGUAUUAGUCAAUGUUCCACCAAUUCCAAUUCUAACUGGUGGACUUCUCCCAUGUACAACCAUGAAUAA